UUUUUUUCUUUGUUUCUUUCUUUUCAGGGUUAGAACAUAACUCUGCAGGACAACUGUCAGACUGUCAGAUAUCCUGCUACACAUAGUCUAUUGAGCAGGUGUUUUUUCCAGCAAGAUCUGGCAACACAGGUUAACGAGAUUUAUUUUUUAUUUUAUUUAUUUAUUUUUUUGCCUUGCUCUGUAUCAUGUUUUGAAUGUUUCUCUUUUCACUACAAAGAUAUUAUACAGAAAUAGGCCUAAUGGUUUAACCAAAAUGUCUGUGUUAUUGUUAAAACCCUACAUAAAUUAAGUGUAAAUUAAAGUAAAAAAAAAAAAAAAAAAAAGGUUUAAUGAAGGAACCAUUUGGCUAUAUGAAACAAAGCACAAUAUUUAAUUUUACAAUGUAAAGUUUAUUUACACUAUUGAUAUCGAAUUUUUAUAUAGGCCUAAGCCUAACACCAAUUUAGAGCGCUAGCUUAUGCUACCUUCACGAACUAGCCUAUCGGAAUUGUCGUAAAUACUUGUUUCCUAGGUAAAAUUUGUAGAUGUAUGCCCUCUCAUGUCGAAACUUGAAUGUGAUAAGCUCGUAAUAACGGUUUCAGUAGUGGGAAUUAUCAAUUUUCCUAUAGCACGCGAAGGCAGCAUAACACUCAAUGAGGAGAUUUGGCAACCUUAAGGAGAUGAUGCGCAACACUGCUGUUGUUGUUUUAUCUCAUAAAUCGCUAUACGCUGUAGAUUGUAGACAUCACAUCAUCAGAUAGGCCUUUUUAAUGACGAGGCACAAAGGAACACCCUUAUAUAGCCUAGUCUCAUCCUUCCUGAAAAUAUCCUCCAGGUGUCCUUUACCUGGACACGAUCCUGGCGCUAGAGGGCAGCGGAUAAUCUUCCCGGACACCAGAAUAGAGGUUACAGUCAGACUUAGCCUACUGUUCGUUUGCACUGUCACUGUGACAGACAGCACCAGGUUAGAGAUGGUAUCAUUUCAGGUUUUACGUCGUUUGUGCCUGUUUGCAGUCACUAAACCGGUUUGUCAUGGUAGAGUGAUCUCAGCAUGUGGACUGAAGACUUCCACAGUCAAUCACAGUGACGGACAACCUGAUCCAGUGUCAGUGACAUACGAACAGCUCAAAGCUAUGCUGGCCAAUCACAGCGUACAGCUAUUUGACGUCAGGAAUCCAGAUGAAUUCCAGGCCGGCCGGAUUCCUGAUUCCAUCAACAUUCCAUUGGGACAGCUUGAGGAGUCACUGAAGCUCCCACCAAAACAGUUUCAACUGCAGUUUAAGGUGAAAGCCCCCAAAAAGGAAGAUGAUAACAUAGUUUUCCAUUGCCGAAGUGGGAAAAGGAGUUUGUCUGCUCUCGAAAUUGCUCAUCGUCUGGGAUUCUCUAAGGCACGGCAUUAUGCAGGCGGAUACAUUGAUUGGGAAGAGCGUGAGAAGAAGUAACAGAACUAAUUGAGCAGCAAUUUUAAAUUAAAUUCACUUCAUAUUACUGUGUUCAUAUUGAUCUGGACCAUUAAUCUAGAAGAUAAAAUUAAAUAUUGACAUUUGAAACUGAUAAAACUGACAUCAUAUUUUGAUGUGAAUCUGAAUGACUCAAUAUUAGUGUCAUUAUUAAUAUAUUUUUAAUGGCUCAUCAAUUAUUAUUAUUAAUCAAUCUUCAUAAAGCCGAAUAUAGAAUGGAUGGAGCAAAAUACUUUAAAUAAUUGUUCCUUCAGACUGAAUCAAAAAGGCAUUGGACUGUAAAAACCAGUGUGAAUAUAUAUUCACAAAUGUGCUUCAUUAAAAUAUUUUUUAAAAAGAC